AUGGCGGCCGCAACCAGUUUGCAGAUUUCAGCGCCGGCGACUCCUCUGGCGACUCCUCAACCGACUGUGGUGCUUGGGGAACCAGUGGGCCUAUUCUCGCACACCGGUGGUCGCAGCGACACGGUGUUCUACCUGGCUGUGAUCUUCCCCGUCGUCUCUGUGCCUAUAAUACUAUUGCGACUGUGGGCGAGUAAAUUCAUCGUCAAGAAAUGGCAUAUCGACGAUACUCUCACUGUUAUAGCGACUAUUUUCGCCGUCUUGCAAUCAGUAGCUGUUGCUGUCGAGGCACGACUCGGUGCGGGGGAUCACAUCAUCACUAUGACGCCAGAGGGAAUAUCCCUUCUGUUAAAGAUUGGAAAAUGGGCGGGAGUUCCACUGUAUAACCUAACGACUCUAUUCAUCAAAGCCUCCGUCUUGAUGUUCUACUUGCGAUUCUUUGUCGAUGCCACGUUCCGCAUGGUCACAUACGGCGUCCUCUUUGUGGUUAUUGCCUACAGCAUGGUCAACGUCAUCGCCACCUUUGCACUAAACUGCGAAAACAAUGCCGCCUGCGACCAGCUCUUCAGAGUGUACAUAACCUGUGCAGCCGUCAACGUCGCGACGGAUUUCGCCAUCCUGCUACUUCCGUUUUGGCUUCUGCGGCCCAUGAAAGUUCCCUUUGCUCGCAAGGUUGGAAUUGCGGUUGUUCUGAUGGGCGGCGGAUUCGUCACUGGUGUGAGCAUUUACCGCCUUGUGAUUACGAUCAGGGUCGAUAGCGAGGCAGAUGUAACCUACGGAUGGGGCGAGAGUGUCAAAUGGAGUCUCAUCGAAUCCUGGUCCGGGAUUAUCUGCGCCUCAUUACCAUGUCUCAAGACUGUCUUUUCUCGAUACCUCCCCAACUUUCCUCUAUGGCGGCGACUCAGUGACGCGAGUGCGUCUCUUGCACAUCGACGACUCGCUACCAUCAGUGGUCAACCCGCGCCAGAGACCCGUGAGAUUCCGGCCGCGUAGUCUUGUCAUCAGCG